AUGGAAAUGCUUUUAAAAUGCAAUGCGGGACUAGAUAGGCAGGACAUUUUGGGGAACUCUGCAAUGCAUUACGCCAUUGAUAAUUGCUAUAUGUUACAGAGGAAAAUAUAUAACUAUGAAAGUCCUGGAGAUGGAUCACAUACCGAUUUGGAAGCUGUCAAACUUCUUAUCAAAUAUCAUCCGAAUAUCAACAUAUGUAACAGUUUAUCCGAAACUCCAUUGAUAUGGGCAGUGAAAAAACAGAAUCUUCAAACUGUCCAAAUAUUAAUUGAAGGUGGGGCCAUCCAUUCAUUAAGUGAUUACUGUGAUAAUGGACCUUUGCAUUAUUCUUUAGAUAGAACAGAAAUUAAUGUUUUAAUUGUGACUGAACUCCUCAGACAUGGAAGUAAUCAUUUAUCCGAAAAUAAUCGUCGGGAAACUCCUGUAGAUGUAUAUCUUAAAAGACUUCGCAAUGCAUCACCUUCAGAACAUGUAAAGGCAAAAUACUUAUUCAAACUUUUUGUGUUUCGGAAAAAUUAUUUUAAGAAUACACAAUGCCGAGAAAUAGCAGAUAUAAGUAGAAAAACGAAAAGCAGCCUGUGCCAAUUCUUUUGGUACUGCCGCUUUGAAAUUGAACAAAUGAAAAGUGCUGAAGUAGCAACUGGUUUUAGUGUUUAUUAUUUGGCUUCGAGGGUAUUUUAUUAUGGUAUUUCUGAAGAGAUACCUCCUUCACUUGACAUUUUUGAUAUAGUACUUGAGAAAUUGAAGGGACCCGAAUAUACCAUAUAUAUUGACAUGAUCGUGUCUGGUAUUUGCAGAGAGUAUUUGGCUGUGAAAACUGCUGAAACUGGCUACUGGGUGGACAGAAAUGAUGAACUAGUAGAAUUUUUAAAUUUUGCCACUCCUAAUGAUUUUACAACACUUCGUGACCUACUCAGAGCAGGAGUGAAUCCGAAUACUGCAGAUGAAAGAGGAAAAACACCUCUACACAUCGCCGUUUGCAAGAAGGAAGAAAAUAUACAAGAAUUUGAACCCAAUUUGCAAGUUGUACGGGAAUUAAUUUAUUUUGGAGCCGAUGUGAAUCGUACGGACAACCUCGGAAAUACUCCUCUGCAUUUUGCCGUUUGUUUUAGGAAUUACAAAAUGAUGGAAAUACUUCUAAAAUGCAGUGCCGGAAUAGAUAUACAGAACAGACAAGGAAACACUGCAAUGCAUUAUGCCAUUGAUAACUGUAAGUUGUUACAUUGGGCAAUUCCUAACUAUAAAUGUCCUGGAGAUCGAAAACAUACCGAUUUGGAAGCAGUGAAAUUACUUAUGAACUAUCACGCGGAUAUCAACUUAUCUAACAGUUUAUCUGAAACUCCAUUGAUAUGGGCAGUGAAAGUACCGAACCUUCAAAUUGUCCAAGCAUUACUCGAAGGAGGGGCCCUCCAUUCGUUAAGUGAUUUCCUUGGAAAUGGACCAUUGCAUUAUUCUUUAGAUAGAACACAAAUAUAUACGAAAAUUGUGAAUGAACUGCUGAGAUAUGGAAGUAAUCAUGCAUCCAAAAAUAAGCGUUCACAAAGUCCUGUAGAUGUGUGUCUAAAAAGACUUCACAAUGCAUCACCAACAGAACAAGAAAAAGCAGCAUACUUGUUGAAACUUUUUGUGUUUCGGAAAAAUACUUUUAAGAGUACACAAUCUAAUGAUUUUGAAAUACUUCGUGACUUACUCAGAACAGGGAUAAAUCCGAAUACUGCAGAUGCCAGAGGAAACACGCCUCUAGACAUCGCCGUUUGGAAAAAAGAAGAAAAUAUACAAGAAUGUGAAGCCAAUUUGCAAUUUGUACGGGAAUUAAUUCAUUUUGGAGCCAAUGUUAAUCAUACAGAUGAUUCCCGAAAUACUGCUCUGCAUUUUGCUGUUGGUUUCAGGAAAUACAAAACAAUGGAAAUACUUUUAAAAUGCAAUGCGGGACUAGAUAGGCAGGGCAUUUUGGAGAACUCUGCAAUGCAUUACGCCAUUGAUAAUUUCUAUAUGUUACAGAGGAAAAUAUAUAACUAUGAAAGUCCUAGAGAUCAACCACAUACCGAUUUGGAAGCUAUCAAACUUCUUAUGAAAUAUCAUCCGAACAGAAUCUGCCCAUAUCAAUGGAGUUUAUCCGAAACUCCAUUGAUAUGGGCAGUGAAAAAACAGAAUCUUCAAACUGUCCAAAUAUUAAUUGAAGGUGGGGCCAUCCAUUCAUUAAGUGAUUACUGUGAUAAUAGACCUUUGCAUUAUUCUUUAGAUAGAACAGAAAUUAAUGUUUCAAUUGUGACUGAACUCCUCAGACAUGGAAGUAGUCAUGCAUCCAAAAAUAACCGUUUAGAAAGUCCAAUAGAUUUAUAUCUUAAAAGACUUCGCAAUGCAUCACCUUCAGAACAUGUAAAGGCAAAAUACUUAUUCAAACUUUUUGUGUUUCGAAAAAAUUAUUUUAAGAAUACACAAUGCCGAGAAAUAGCAGAUAUAAGUAGAAAAACGAAAAGCAGCCUGUGCCAAUUCUUUUGGUACUGCCGCUUUGAAAUAGAACAAAUGAAAAGUGCUGAAGUAGCAACUGGUUUUAGUGUUUAUUAUUUGGCUUCGAGGGUAUUUUAUUAUAGUAUUUCUGAAGAGAUACCUCCUUCAUUUGACAUUUUUGAUAUAGUACUUGAGAAAUUGAAGAGACCCGAAUAUACCAUAUAUAUUGACAUGAUUGUGUCCGGUAUUUGCAGAGAGUAUUUGGCUGUGAAAACGGCUGAAACUGGCUACUGGGUGGACAGAAAUGGCAGCUCCUUUUUUAAAAUCUGUAGAAUCUGCAACAUGUUGUAUGAAAAUGCUUCACUGUGA